AUGACAAAACGAAGACACAACAAAGACGAUGUUGCCAUGCUGAAAAACGGUGCACCGGUCGAUGUUUCAUGUAUUCAUAAUCUUAGACUGGGCGCUAAAGCUCCCAAUUUGAGUUACUGGUUUAUUUUCUAUUUUGGCUUGUGGACAUCCCAAGGUGUUACUCCGAGAGGUUCCUCAACACCAUUUCGAAUAGUUUGCUGCGCUUCUUUGUUUGGGAUUUACAUAGCCGUCAAUUACUUUACGGCGACGUACACUUCGUUUCUGUCGACACCUGUUUUCAAAACAGCUGUCAACUCUGUUGAAGAUUUAGCCAAUAGCGCCACAGUUAAAACUCUUCUUAACAAAGGAUCGAGCACGGAAGAGCUCAUUAUGUCAUCAUCGGAUCCCGCUCUAAGGAAACUUGUCUCUCAAAUGCGACGCUAUCCUGAAAGACGAAUUGUCAACACGUUGACCGUCCACGAUAUAUCUAACAUCAUACAGGAAAAUACUGCACUGAUUAUGGCCGAGUCCAAUGCAGUAUCUCUUAUUGAAACUAGCUAUAAAAUCAACCACAAAUGUCUCGUAACUCUGGCCGAGAAAACCUUCCUCAGUCGUCCUCAAGGCUUCACCUGUCCGAAGAACAGUCCGAUAGCAAAAUCAAUCGAUUACGAUCUGCUGCUGAUGCAACAGGCUGGAUUGAUUCAAUACGCUGAGCGAACUGCCAAAUCCGAGAAUCGCUGCCGCGUCUCCGAUUUGGCCAACGCCCAUGCUCAUAAAAUUGCUCCUCUUGGACAAAAGGAAAUGAGUGGAUCUUUUGUCAUCUUGGGUUUGGGCGUGGCUUUAAGUUUCUUUACUUUUCUUGUCGAAUUAAUUGUCGCAAAAAUGAAGAAAGCAUUCGGACGCAAAUAACGCCCACUUUCUUACCUAAUUGUCCAUUACUAUCGACGCACAACACUUGGUUACCAAAUAUUUCUUGAAUUUAUUACGGUAUUACAUUAAGCUUCGACGGCAUAAUAUUACAAGCGCAAACAUUUAGUUCUAUCUACUCUAGAAAUACAAACGAAUUAUAAAAUUAAA